UAGAAGAUAAAUCAAUACUGCUGUAUCAUACCUCUUAGUACUGAACUGACGUAAUGCUCAUCCUACACACACACAACACAAGGUGUCUGGGAGACAGAUGCAGAGGGACAUUCUGAGAAGACGAUGAACAUCAAAGAGGACUUUCAGUACCACCAAAUAACAGUUGCCUUGCGAAUCCGCCCAUUUAACCAGGUGGAAAUAGAGAGAGGUGUUGAGUGUAUUACAUACAAACUCAGUGAACAAAUACUGCUGCUGAAGGAUCCAUCAGGAGGGUCUGAGGACUUCCUGCGUGCAAAGCGUUCUAGAGACAGGACCUUUGUAUUUGAUGCUGUGUUUGAUCAGGAUGCUACCCAGGAACAGGUCUAUGAAUCAACUACCAAAAACCUGGUUGAUGGCAUUGUUAGAGGAUAUAAUGCUACAGUAUUUGCUUAUGGCCCAACAGGUACAGGCAAAACAUACACAAUGCUGGGGAUGGACAGAGAAUCAGGAAUAUACAUUCAAGCUCUUAAUGACCUCUUCAAAGCUAUUGAGGACAAUAGAGAAAGUAUGGAAUGUUCUGUAUCCCUAUCAUAUCUGGAGAUUUACAAUGAGACAAUCCGUGACCUUUUAAAUCCUUCUGGGGUUUUGGAUCUGAGAGAUGACUCGAAGGGGAUCAUCCAAAUUUCCGGGAUUACUGAAUUUUGUCCUUCUAGUGCUGAGGAGGCCAUGGCUUUGGUGCAAAGAGGAAAUAAACACCGCACCCAGGAACCAACUGCAGCCAACAAGACAUCUUCCAGGUCCCACGCAAUACUCCAAGUUGUUGUGAAAAAGAACAGCAAGUUAGGUACUCCGGAUGAAGCCAGGAUAGGCAAGCUAUUGCUGAUAGACCUGGCAGGGUCAGAGAGGGCAUCACAGACUCAAAAUCGAGGAAGACGGAUGAAAGAAGGCGCUCACAUAAAUCGCUCUCUUUUAGCUCUCGGAAAUUGCAUCACUGCAUUAAGUGAGCGUGGCAGCCAUACUCAUGUUAAUUACAGAGACAGUAAACUGACGCGACUUUUAAAAGAUGCUCUGAGUGGGAACAGCAGAACAGUAAUGAUAGCACAUGUGAGUCCCUCCAUAGCUGCCUAUGAUGAAUCUCGCACGACUCUGAUCUAUGCAAGCAGAACCAAAAACAUCAAGACCAGGGUGAGACAGAAUUAUGAGAAUGCUGCCCAACAUGCUACCAAAUAUGGAAGGGUUCUCUACAAUCUUCACAAUGAACUAGAAAAACUACAUCAAAGAAUCAAUGAACAUGGCCGGGAGAUAAGAAGACUGAUGAAAACAGAAGUAAAAAUCAGAAGUCCACAAGAGGAUGCAGAUCAGGCUGAAGACUCACACAAAGAACACAAGCUAAUCAAUUUGGUGAAACAAUUUCAGUGUGUUCUUGAGGAACAUAUGAAGGUGAAAUGCUGCCUUUUACAGCUGGAUAAUUCCCAUCUAGAACAACACAUUGACACUGUCCGCCAUCUUGCUACAAUAGCUGACUGGGAGCAGGACAGACCUCAGUGCUAUACCCAGCAGAGGUCAGGGAAGACUGCUGUGGAUACAAUUGAUGUGGGAGAAGAGGAAGAAGAUGGAGAUUCCGAUAUUACUGAACCUCAUGAAGUUAUGAUGGCCAGAGAAGAAAUUAACAUACUUCUUGCUGAACAACAGAAAACAUCUGCGAAGAUGACAACACUGAAAGAACAAUGGGCAAAUUCCAAAUUUAAGGCAUCUCAGCUGGAGAAGCAGAUUCCUGACGAGUUCAGCAGUGAUCAGGGAGAGUUGUUUAGGUUGCUCCACAAAAUACAUGAGCUGCAGGUCUCUAACAGUGAACUACUAACCAGGUCUAUAUGUAAGGACAGCCUGCUCUACCAGAAAGACUUCGUAAUUCUGGGCCACCAACAUUACAGAUCCCUCUGUGAGAAAAUCAUCCAUCUGCAGCAAACAUUAAUAGAUGAGAAGGUCCAUGAUCCAGAGCUUCUACAUCUGCAUGAAAUUGAUUAUGUGAAAAUAAAGCAGACAGAGGAACAAAAGUCUCUGCUUCUAAAUAGGUUUAAGCAUGAUAUCUUAGAAAAUGGAGUGGAACCUGAGACAUUUGGGGGUGUUCAUCUGCAUCUGGACAUUGAACAGAUUGAUAGAGCAAUCACUGACAAUAGGAAGAACAAUGAAACCCACACAAGAUUAACCCUUUCUUUAAGUCCUGAUUUAGACAGUGGCUACAGAACUUGCAAAUCCACUCCAGGAUUAAUACCAACAAGACAGAAUUCUUCUUUAAGCCUUCUGACACCAUUUCAUCAUCUCAGGGCACCAACACAAGCUGAUAGUAAUGAGAUUAUUAUUAUUGAUCCUCCAAAAGAAGAAACACCAACCAGACUUCACUCCCAUCCUCUGGAUGAUAGUCAAAGACACUCACUAUCAUUCCUUCAGCUGAGCCCGGAUAUUUUGGAAGAGGUAGUGGCUGGGACAAGGAGCAUUUCUUUAGUUGCUGCCAGAAGGCGUUCAAGGGUUAACGAAACUGAAUCCCCAUAUAUCAUUAAAGAAAGAAGUGCCCUUUCCUCACUUCCAGUGUUAGAGGGCAAUGCUUUGGAACUUCCUGUUACUCAUUCCCGUUGUCACAUUACACCUGUAAGGAAGGCAGUGAGCACUGAAAACCUGCCAAGUUUAGUUCUCAGGAAAGAUGAAGUCACCAGUGGGACAACAUCAGCCAGUUCAAAGGACAAGCUCCAGAAAAAGUCCUAUUGGGACAGAAAGUCACACUCAUUUGAAGUUCCUGCCUCUCAGCUUUGUAAAUCAGAGCAGUGCAACUCUCAUAGAAUACACCUUGAUAAACUUCUGCAUUCCAAAUCACCACAUACUAUAUGUCAUGGGAAAUCAGCUCACAGCACAACUAAAGUAAAGACUGCCUUUAACUAUAAAACAAUUGUCAGGCCGAAACUGAACAAGAAUUAUCCAUGCACUAUUACAUCAGGGACUCAGCCAAAGCUGGUCUGUGCAGCUAAAUCAGAUCCAGAAGAAAUUCCAGCCAGCACAAAAACAUUGAUAUUGCCUCAAAAUAUCAAACACAGGCCUCAACCGACUUAUAAAAAGACACGGGAUAACAAGAGAUAAUGUGCGCUCGCUGCAGCAAGAGCCUGGAAGAAUAUGAAGAAGAAGAAGAAAUUAAAACAACAUGUUGUUUCAUUCUAUACUUUCAAUUUGAAGUUGCUUUUGUUCUUAUAUUAAACAUACUCUGUAGACAUUCAGAAGUAAUCUAUUCCUUGUUUUAUUAAAAAAGAAAAAAAAAAGAAAAAAGUUUGGCAAUGUAUUCUUUAAAGCUAAAGCGAGAUUAAAAAAACACAAACAAAAGCAUUUAUGUACUUAUUAAAAAUAAUUUUAUAUUUGUCU